AUGGGAAUCGGGGAAGAAAGCAGCAAGCCAAUGUGGGGGAGCGUGAUCCACGCGCCUCCAGGCUAUGCUCUCAACAGCAAAAUCAUGCUCUCCUCUGUGAUCAUCCUCUUCAUGGCCGUGAUUAUGAUCCUCUGUUUCCACACCUACGCCAGAUGGUUAUUCCGCCGUCAGAACCGUCGCGUUCGCCGCCGGAUUCGUGCUCAUCUCCGGUCUCUCUCCGCCUCCACCAUCUCCUCCUCCCUUUCCCCUCUCGAUCCCGCGGUUCUCGAGAAGAUCCCGGUCUUCGUUUACUCCUCCAAGACUCACCAUGAAUCGCCACUAGAGGAUUGCUCCGUCUGCUUGUCGGAGUUCGAGGAGGAGGAGGAAGGCCGUCUUCUCCCGAAAUGUGGCCACGCUUUUCACGUCGAUUGCAUAGAUACUUGGUUCCGCUCCAGGUCCACUUGCCCGCUUUGCAGAGCUCCGGUUCAACCCCAAACCCCCGAACCGGCAGCUCCGGUUAAACCGGUAGAGGACAUAGAAACCGCAAGCUCCUCUUCCUCCGCGUCUUCUUCUCCGUUGAGAUUUCCGAUGGAGGCCUGUGAGAGAGAACCGAUCCAUCUACUCGAUGUCUCAGUGGAGAUUCCCAGUGAAUUUGAAGGCUCCAAUCCGGUUCUACCCAGCCAUAACGGAUCUAAAUUUCCGGGUAAUCCGGUUUUAUCUUUGAAAAGGCUAUGGAGCAUCUGA